AUCUGGCAAGUCCGCAAGUCUGCAAGUCUUUGCACUGCACCUUCCACCUCUCACCCACACGCACCAUGCCACAACCAUUGAGCUCCAAGGAUGCGGCCUUGUUCCGUCAAGUGGUCCGUCAUUAUGAAAACAAGCAACAUAAGAAAGGCAUCAAAACCGCCGAACAAAUUCUAAAGAAGAACCCUAACCAUGGCGAUACCUUGGCGAUGAAGGCUCUGAUCAUGAGCAACAUCGGCCAGUUGGAGGAGGCUUUCGUGCUGGCCAAGGAGGCCCUCAAGAACGACAUGAGGUCGCAUAUCUGCUGGCACGUCUACGGGCUGCUGUACCGUGCGGAGAAGAACUACGAGGAGGCGAUCAAGGCAUACCGCUUUGCCCUGAGGAUCGAGCCCGAGUCGCAGCCCAUCCAGCGGGAUCUUGCGCUCCUCCAGAUACAGAUGCGGGAUUACCAGGGCUACAUACAGAGCCGGACGACCAUGCUGCAGGCCCGCCCCAACUUCCGACAGAACUGGACCGCCCUGGCGAUCGCACACCACCUUUCCGGCGAUCUCGAGGAGGCCGAGAAGGUGCUCACGACGUACGAGGAGACGCUGAAGACCCCGCCGCCCACCUCUGACAUGGAGCACUCCGAGGCCGUCCUGUACAAGAAUACAAUCAUGGCCGAGGCCGGCAAGCUGGAGCAGGCAUUGGAGCAUUUGGAGAAGUUCGGUCGCAGAUGUGCCGAUGUGCAGGCUGUGCUGGAGAUGAAGGCGGACUACCUCUUGCGCCUGGACCGCAAGGCCGAGGCCGAGGCCGCUUACACUACUCUUCUCGAGCGGAACCCUGAGAACUCGACCUACUACGAUGCUUUGAUCCGGGCUAAGGGUCUUUCCAAGGACGAGCCCAAGGCUUUGAAGGCCUUGUACGAUUCCUGGGUGGAGAAGGCCCCCCGUGGUGACGCUGCUCGCCGGAUCCCUCUGGACUUCCUUGAGGGAGACGACUUCAAGCAGGCUGCCGAUGCCUAUUUGCAGCGCUCGCUCAAGAAGGGCGUACCCUCGCUCUUUGCCAACAUCAAGGCCCUUUAUACCAACGUGGCUAAGCGGGAUACUGUUCAGGAGCUGGUUGAGGGUUACGUCUCGACUCCUCAGUCCAACGGUUCUGCUGAGGGUCAGACCGACAGCGACAACACCGAAUUCCUUUCUUCUUCCCAUUACUUCCUCGCCCAGCACUACAACUACCACCUCAGCCGCGACUUGACCAAGGCGAUGGAGCAUGUCGACAAGGCUAUCGAACUUUCGCCCAAGGCCGUGGAAUACCAGAUGACCAAGGCGCGGAUCUGGAAGCACCACGGCAACCUCGAGAAGGCCGCUGAGGAGAUGGAAAAGGCCCGUCUGCUGGACGAGAAGGACCGUUACAUCAACACCAAGGCUGCCAAGUAUCAACUCCGCAACAACGACAACGAGAAGGGUCUUGACAACAUGAGCAAGUUCACCCGGAACGAGACUGUUGGAGGCGCUAUGGGUGAUCUGCAUGAGAUGCAGUGUGUGUGGUACCUAACGGAGGAUGGCGAGGCCUACCUGCGCCAGAAGAAGCUCGGCCUUGCCCUCAAGCGCUUCCACGCCGUUUACAACAUCUUCGACACCUGGCAAGAAGAUCAGUUCGACUUCCACAGCUUCUCGCUGCGGAAGGGCAUGAUCCGCGCGUACGUGGACAUGGUCCGUUGGGAGGACCGCCUGCGCGAGCACCCCUUCUACACCCGUGUGGCUCUCUCGGCCAUCAAGUCAUACUUGCUCCUGCACGACCAGCCGGAUCUGGCCCACGGACCUAUGGCUACCAACGGGGUCGGAGAGGAUGAGAACGAGCGCAAGAAGGCCCUCAAGAAGGCCAAGAAGGAGCAGCAGCGCCUGGAGAAGCUGGAGGCCGAGAAGCGCGAGGCAAGAAAAGCGGCCAGCACCGGCAAGAGCGCCGACGGAGACGUCAAGAAGGAGGACCCUGAUCCGCUUGGCACCAAGCUGGUCGCGACCCAGGACCCGCUCAAGGAGGCGAUGAAGUUCUUGACUCCCUUGUUGGAGCUCAGCCCCAAGAGCAUUGAGGCUCAGACUCUCGGAUUCGAGGUUUAUCUCAGAAGAGGUAAAUACGCGCUCGCCCUCAAGUGCCUGACUGCCGCCCACUCGAUCGAGGCCGCCAACCCCACUCUCCACGUUCAAAUCCUCCGACUCCGCAAAGCUCUGGACAACCUGUCCGAGCCCCUUCCUGCUGAAGUAGCUGAGGCCGUCAACGCCGAAUUCGAGGCUUUGCUCCCUAAAUCGACGAACCUGGACGAGUGGAACGAGUCCUUCAUUUCCACCCACAAGGACAGUGUCCCUCAAGUCCAGGCCGGUCUCACCAGCCGGCAGCUCCUGAAGCCCGACACCAGGUCGCAGUGCGAACAAGAGCUUACCGCCACGCUUGACUCGACCGACAUCACCAUCGAUACCGCGCUCACCGGCCUGGAAUUGCUGACCGCGUGGGGCAGCGACCAGGCUGCCAAGACCGCCUAUGCUCAGAAGGCCAGCAGCAAAUGGCCUGACUCAUCGGUGUUCCGUCUGGAGUAAAGGAUGAAGUAAAAUGAAAAAUGGAAAAUGCGUUGGAUGGGUAGAACACUGUCACACGUUACCCGGCUCAAUCAACCAGGGCUUGUUGUGUGUGAUCUCUUCAGAACUGGAUAUUUACUUCCUUUUUUUGUUUCUGGUGAUUAGCCUGGGUAUAACUAUUGCAGUUGCGUGUUUGAUGUAUACCUUGUUUGCAUGGUAUGGGAACGCGUAGAAGAAAAGAGGGGGGAGGCAAUUUUAGCUAGACGUUAUAAAAGAGCUUUCGAAGUUUCAG